AUGAAAAAGUUUAUAUUCUUUGAUUUUACAAAUGACAACUCUCUCCAAGUGGGAGAGACUUCAAGGAUUCAUGACCUUCCCAGUGAUGACAAAGAAGUUGUGAGUCUACUAAAAACAAAUGAAAAUGUGCUAAUAAAUCAGCCAGCAGAAGAGAAAAAGACAGAGAAACAGUUAGGGAAAGUAAUUUCCAUGAGUGAUGACCCUCAAGAGCUUGUUGAGAUUACUCAGAUCUUAGAAGCAAAUAGAAAGACAGAAAUACAAGGGUUUCAAAAAGGAAAAAAGAAACAAAUUGAAACACUAAGCUCAAAGAAUAAAGAGAAGGAAGUUGAUCAAAAACAGGAACAGAUAACAAAGAGUACAAAAAGAAAAAAAUCCCUACAGUAUUCUUCUGCUAACAUACUGAAUCAUCUGAAAACACCUUUGAUGGACAUACUGGUUAAUCCUUCAUCUUCCAUGAUCUUCAGCAGUAAGAAGAUACACAUCAUACAAACUCUUUUGGUUUUAGUGUUAUUCCCGGAAGUUACCCACUUUGAAAAGCUAGUGGAUAUGGCAGAAGCAUUGCUUUAAAGUGGAGGAGCCCUUUCUACAUUUAGCCUUCAUUCCCAAGGCAUCUGAAAGGGUAGGAAUUCUGUACCAGAUUCUUAUUCUAUAACAGGUAGUCAUUCCACUUUACCUCUCUCCUCCAAGGUGGAAGAGGAAAAGCAUCCUGUUGACAGAGAGUUCAAGAUUGAAAAAUGACAGAUUGCCCUUUGCAACAAAAACAAACCUCAGAAAUUUAUAAAUUAUAUAAUGCAAGCACUUUAUGAUGAAUAUAUGACAACACAUAGCUUAACAGGGACAAAAUUCUCUUCCAAGGAGAAAGCAGCUAAGACAGGUAUAAAUCAAAGAGAAGUUCAGGAAAUCAUAGGUGACAAUAAACUUUCAAUAUUCAUACAUUAA